AUGCUCUCUCUCUUUGUGCAGGUGUUGGAGAGGACCCACGGCAGAAUCCCCCAUGGAGGUGUCAGGACGGCUAUACGAGGCCUACUGGAGAUACUGCAGAGUAAGCUGUACAGCCUGCCAGCCAGCCACGCUAGUCGAGUGUACGAGCUGCUGAUCGGACACCUGCAGCUGCACUACAAGAGCAAGUACAGCUCCGCUGUGGCCUGCAGCAUACGACUACAGGUGUUUGACUUCCUCCUGAUGAUGAGAACUGACUCCCUCCAUCGUCUGGGGUUCCUCAGUAAAGACGGGGUUCUGAGGUUCAGUCCGUACUGCCACUGUGACACGGG